CCAUCAGUCCCUCCCCUCCUUGACUACUGUAACUCCCUCCUCAUUGGCCGACCUCAUCGCAGGCUAUCCCCUAUUCAGUCUAUCAUGAAUGCUGCUGCCAGACUCAUCCACCUUAGUAACCGUUCCAUAUCUGCCAUCCCUCUCUGCCCUCCACUCAAUGUCCUCCACCCCUCUCUGCCAAUCCCUCCACUGGCCUCCACUCAAUGUCCUCCACCCCUCUCUGCCAAUCCCUCCACUGGUCUCCACUCAGUGUCCUCCACCCCUCUCUGCCAAUCCCUCCACUGGUCUCCACUCAGUGUCCUCCACCCCUCUCUGCCAAUCCCUCCACUG